GGAGUGGUGAGCUGGGCCAGUGUGCGGAUGCUGGGAGACCGACAGAGACAGAGAGCCACCAAGGAGGAGGACGAGGUGUUCAGUCUGCUGCUGAAGGGGCCGCUGGAGGCGUCGUCCAACACACACGGCGGCCUCAAGUCUCCCAUCUCCAUCGGCAGCCCCCGCCGACCCUCCGACAGCAACCUCGACUCCUUCAGCCGCCAUUUUGAAAGCAUCAUGGAGUCUCACCGGGCCAAAGGCACGUCGUACAGCAGCCUGGACAGCGUGGACCUUCUGACCUCCGGAUCCACAUCGGUGUUCACCUUCGACCUGCCCACCCUCACCCCUGAGAUCCAGAGUCAGAUCUGCGAGAGCGCCAAACAGAUCAUCGAGCUGAGCUUCGCCCCGCUGGCCCACCCGGACCCGUCCGCCCCCUCGGAGACGUCGCGCUCCGAAAUCACCCUCAGUGCCUCGGGGGCGGGGCUCCGAGGCGGCUCCAAAGACGACUCCGGCCCUCCGGUUCGAUCCAGGUCGGAGAAAGAGUCGUGGCGUCGCUCCAUCCUCAAAGAUGGCUUCCGCAAGGCUAGCUCUGCCCCGUCACUCCACAGCAGCCCCAGGGAGCGUCCGGUGAACCGCCCCCCCGAGCUGCUGUACCCGCAGGCCGACGUGGCGGAGCGCCUGGCGCUCGGCGGCAGCGACGACGCCCUGGCGAACGGCACAAAGGCCGACCUGCAGGCCGCCAAACGUCUCGCCAAACGCCUCUACAACCUGGAUGGCUUCAGGAAGUCCGACGUGGCUCGACACCUCAGCAAGAAUAACGAGUUCAGUCAGAUGGUCGCAGAGGAGUAUCUGAGUAACUUUAACUUCGGCGGUCUGACCAUCGACCAGGCGCUCAGGACGUUUCUGAGACAGUUCGCUCUGAUGGGAGAAACUCAGGAGAGAGAAAGAGUCCUCGCCCAGUUCUCCAGGAGGUACAGACAGAGUAACCCCGAGAGUGAGGCCACUGAAGACAGCGUCCACACUCUGACCUGUGCCGUCAUGCUGCUGAACACAGAUCUUCAUGGAAACAAUGUGGGGAAGAGGAUGUCCUGCAGUCAGUUCAUCUCCAACCUGGAAGGUCUCAACGAUGGAAAAGACUUCCCCAAAGAUCUGCUGAAGACUCUGUACAGCUCCAUCAAGAACGAGAAGCUUCAGUGGACCAUUGAUGAGGAGGAGUUGAGGAAGUCCAUGUCGGAGCUGGCUGACGUUCGAACGGACUCCGCCUCCCACACCAUGAAACGGCUGGGGAGUGGAGGAAACCCGCUGGUGGGCGUCGCCCAGCAGGCCGACGGCGAGCUCUAUAAGAGCGGCUUCCUGGUCCGCAAAGUCCACGCGGACCCCGACGGAAAGAGAACUCCACGGGGUAAGAGGGGCUGGAAGUCUUUCUACGCCAUGCUGAAGGGUCUGGUGCUCUACCUGCAGAAGGAUGAGUACCGUGCGGAGCGGGAGCUGACGGAGGAAGACGUGAAGAACGCCGUGUCCAUCCAUCACUCUCUGGCCAUGAGAGCCGCUGAUUACAGCAAGAGGCCGAACGUGUUCUACCUGCGGACGGCGGACUGGAGGGUCUUCCUGUUCCAGGCUCCGAACGCAGAACAGAUGCAGUCCUGGAUCACGCGCAUCAACGUGGUGGCGGCCAUGUUUUCGGCUCCGCCGUUCCCGGCGGCGAUCGGCUCCCAGAAGCGGUUCAGCCGCCCUCUGCUGCCGGGAUCCAACACCAAGCUGUCGCAGGAAGAGCAGGUCAAAUCUCACGAGAACCGGUUCAGGGCGGUUUCCUCCGAGCUGGCCGACCUCACGGCCUCCACUCCGGACCGCAAGGUGAAAGGUCGCGAGCUGGAGGAGCAGAAACUCCGACAGGAGUACCUGGAGUUCGAGAAAACCCGGUACGGUACGUACGCCAUGCUGCUUCGGGCCAAACUGUCGAGCGGGGACGAGGACCUGUCGGCCUUCGAGUUGCGGCUGUUCGACGACGGCGGCCUGCAGAGGGCGCACUCCAGCCCCACGCUGCCUCAGGACACCGCCAGCAAGGAGAAGACCCGCGGGACCAAGACGUCGAAGAGCUUAAAGGUCACGUCCACUUCGUCCUCGACCUCCAAGACCAGCGGCAGCACCAGAGAGGGAAGCAAGAAGAAGAACGGCGGCGGCGGCGGAAACAACCAGCGGCCAGAGCUGCAGAAACAGAGCAGCAAACAGGAAGAGGCACCGUAAGCUGGCGAGAAUCGGGUUUUACAUGAAGUGUGUAGCCGGAGACGGACGUGAAGCAUCAUGGGUAGCGAGCUGACAUCCUCCUUUAAACCUUUUCUGUUAAACCUCAGUCAGAUUCUGAUUGGCUGAGGUGAUUUUCCUCCAGAGCCGAGCUGAGACGUUCGAGGUCGGCGGAAGAGGAAACACUCAUCACGAAGGAGGACGACUGAACAGACAGGUGGUGCGUUUUUUCCACGAGUCGAAACAUUCAGGAAACACUAACGAGGUUUGAAAAGUGUCAUCUGAAGAGCACCAAUCAGCUGCCAGAGUUUAUUUCUGUCCAAACAUCAACGUCAACAGGUCAAACAGGAAAAACAGCUGCUGACUUUCAGAAUAAAAGCUUUAUAUCCUGUCAUAUCUUUCAUUUCAGGAACUUUCUGAAAGCAUUUUUUGUAUCAGGAUGGAGAAAGGUCUUAGAUAUCAGUGGUCAUACAGUCUCCUGCAGCAGCGUUUGAUUCCAGGAACCUUCUGGAUCAGGUUUUGUCGAGACGGAGCAGAAACAGUUUGUAGGUACUUUUAGUUUUUUCCUCUCAGAGCGACAAACACUGACCUCCUGCACGGCCGUCGCUCUGCUUCUCCUAGCAACAAACGGGGCAGCAGGUUGCCAUGCCAACAACAUGUGACGGACAGAGAGCGUGGGACUGUUGCCACGGCAACUGAGCAAAGGGGGAGGGGAGGAUGGGGGUUGAGACUCUGGAGUCAGGACUCCCCCAGACAGACAGACAGACGGAGGCUGGGAGUCACAGAGAUGAACAGGAACACAAUACCUCCCCUCCACGCUUCACCGAGUGUGUGUGUGUGUGUGUGUGUGUGUGUGUGUGUGUGUGUGUGUGUGUGUGAGCACAUGUGUACUUUCAGGAGUGUAAAUACACUCUGAACAUGCUGGAUGGAGGCUGAUCACUGCAGUCCGUUUUAUUCAUGUUGUUCUGCUGGAACCAACAGACUGUGGGCGCCCCCUGGUGACAGAAAACUACUGACUGAACAGACAUGAAACCAAAACUCUGAUCAGUCUGCAGGCCGAGUAGAAGGCCGGAUAUCACCCCACAAUUCCUGAUGCUUUACUGCCUGAUAGAGUCGAAGUGAAACCAGAACUUCCAGGUUCUCUUCCAGAAGUAAGAAAAGCUCAUUCUGCAGCCCACCGACUUUUUUACCAACGCUUAUAAUUAAAAAUCAUCCGAACAGACACUCUUAGACACCCUUUUAGUGGCCUUUAACGAGCACCAUUUCCCAUAAGCCCACAGACCUUUGUGAGGUAAACAUCACGGCUCAACAAGAGGACAGUUCAGUGUCUGCGGUUAGUUCACUGUCAGUAAUAACAGCAGGACAGUUCAGUGUCUGCGGUUAGUUCACUGUCAGUAAUAACAGCAGGACAGUUCAGUGUCUGUGGUUAGUUCACUGUCAGUAAUAACAGCAGGACAGCUCAGUGUCUGCGGUUAGUUCACUGUCAGUAAUAACAACAGGACAGUUCAGCGUGUAGUAUUAAUUACUUUUCAGGAAUACACUGAAACAGAUGGUAGACAGGAAGUGAUGUCAUGGCUUUGGCUCUCUAUACUGCUUUAUAUACAUUAAUAACUAAUAUUGAAAAACUGAAAUAAAUAAAAAUCAGACAACGUGAAGAACAGCAUCUCUGGAGAGCAGCCUCAAGGUCGACAAGAAUUUAACAAAAAACAUUUAGAAAAUAGUGAACUCUGGUUAUCGAGACAAUAAUAAAUAAGUUUUGUGUUUCAUCAUGUUGCUUAAAUAAUUAAAAGCACAUUAAAUUUUUGAAAGACAAGGCAGCAAACGGCAGCAGACCCGUUUAUGUCUGCAAUUAUCAAAUUCAGUCACCAAAAUAUAAAGAUUGGAUUGUUGAGUGAAAAUAAUGAUUUUUGUGUCGGAAACGAAAACAAAACAAAUGAAAGUGUAAGAAUGUGAAGCAGCGGCGGCACGUUGCUGAUGAAUGUGCACCGUUUGAAAAACGACUUUCACGUGUGUUCACUCAGUAGUUUUGUCAUUAAUGGACUUCCAUAGUUUUUCUCUUUCUGCUGGAAACUGAAUAAUAUUUGAAUCCGUCCACUUUAUCUUCACAGUCCUGAUCAGUGUGACCAGGAUGAAGCAUAUCAGACCCUCUUCUUCACUGACACUUCAUGUAUCUCUGAAAUGAUUGUGUUUGUUUAUUGAUUGGAGUUUGAAUCACCCGUUUGCUAACGUGACGAAACGAACGAUGUUUUCUCUUGUCGGUGGUCUGAUGACGUGUCGCCGACACGCUUCACUUCAGCCAUCUGGUUUAAGAAAAGGAACAUUUGCUUUUUAACGACAACUGAAAAGUGAAACUCUAAAAGAGUCACCUGAUCGUCUUCACUGUCGGCACCAGACAGCAUUUCUGGAUUAUCAAGUCGCCCACAUGCAGUUACCUCUCGCUGCCACUUGGGGUCACCAGAGUGUGAAGUAGUUUAACAGUCGAGCAGGAAAUGAAGCACAGAAGCAGAAAAGAUGAAAUGAAAGAAAGAUCAGCCGUGGAAAAGUUCUGAGGUUCUUAAACUCCAGUAAAAGCAGUAAAACAUAGUGUAGAAAUACUCUGUUCCAAGUAAAAGUCCUGCAUUUAAAAACUUGCUUAAGUAAAAGUGCUGAAGUAUUAGCAUGAAAUCGUUCAUAAAGUACCAACAGUAAAAGAACUUACUAUCAUGACCCAUUUCAGAAUAAUAUAGAUUCUAUUAUUGGAUUUUAGUUAUUAAUACGUUAAUGUGUUCAUCACUUUAAUGUUGCAGCUGGUAAAGAUAAUUAAGAUCAGAAGAUAAUUACUUUAUAUUCUGCUCAGUAGUUUAUUCUAUAAGAAAUCAUUUGUUGAUUAGAUUUUAUUUUAUUGAUAUAAAUCUGUAAAGUAACUAAUGUCAUGUACAAAAUACAUAUCUGCUUCCAAGAGGUACUCGAGUAAAAGUAUAAAUUCACGUUAAAGGUAAAUACUCUAAACUGUACUUCAGUCUAGUGGUUGAGUAAAUGUACUUAGUUACAUUCCACAACUGUGUAAGAUAAUUAGAAGAUUUUGGGGAACCGUGAAAAAAAAAAAAAAAGAAUUGUCUGAAAGAUUUUUGCAAAAUGAAGGAAAAGACAGCAGCCGAGCAAACAGAGCUCAGAUCAGCAUCCAGAGACUUCAGUCAUGUGACUGGAGGCAGCAAACAGAAUCAGAUGACGGCUCAAUACGCCUUUUCUGUAGAUGAUUCACACGCUGUGCUCUGCAGCACUCAGCCCUUCAGCCAGGUCAACCACAUGAUAUUAAUAUUGGCAGUCCUGGACUUCCGUACUGUGACACCUCAGUCUCAGUAGACCUGAACUAAAAGCAUCCAGUCACCUCUGAUUUCUUUCCAGUGAUGUGACCCUGCAGCGUUUCUCAUGUGAGCAGAAGGUGCUUCAUGUUUUCUGGAGACUCAACAGUUAAAUGCAUGAAGAAAGCAGCUGUAGUGACAGGAAGUGGUCAGCAGGUGGCAGCAGAGAGCUGUUUAAUGUGGCCUCUUCAGGACUCUGAGGGGUUUAAUAGGUGGAUUAAAGGAAUGAUCCACCCAAAAUUUAACUAUUUUUGAAUAAUUCUUUUCAAGUCAUUCUGUCAAAAAUGACACCAAGCAAAUGUUCCAUCUACAAAAACACAACUUUUAUAUCAUCUGUAACUUUGCUGAUUUUCAAAUGAAGCUCUUCAUAUUUCUGUCAGUUUGCCAGGUUUGUGAUCAGAAACACUAAAAGCUGGAACCUUUUUAAUCCCAAACUAUAAUCUGAGUGUCAGAUUGUUUUGAGGAUUUGAUCCCUGAACGGAGGAAAGAGGGAAGUUGUUUUUUUAUGCAGGUCUGGUGAUUUUUGGUCGUUUCCUGUUGGGAACAACAAUGAGACGCAGUUCAGGGAGCGGUGGGAGUUUCCAGACACUGAUGCUGCCGUCUCUUCCGUUAAAGCUCUGUGGACUGAUGAGCCUCCAGGAAUUAGUCUGCAGUCGAUUAAUUGAAAGGAAAGAAGCUGUUUCUGUUCUUGUCUUGGGUGCACAUGAGGACCGCUGAGCGCUGGUCUCUCUCAGCUCUUCAGUGGCUGAACAGACUGUAAAAACACCACGUUAGAAACAUCAAACCACAGAUUUCAAAGGUACCGACAGAAGUAAACCAGCGGAGAACUGAAAUGUUCAUGGUCAGAAGGAAGUUGUCACAUGACCUCAGACACAGAAACGCCUGCACACUGUGAUGAUUGUGACCACCAUCCUCCACGUUCAGGCCUCAUCACCAGUCGGUCUGGAUCUCAGUCCCCGUCGGUGGUCGUGAACUUUGACCUGGACUUUGUCCGGCAGACUGAGGACCGGGACGCCGUCAUGGAGGUUGGGGUCGGUGUGGAUCGGAUGGAUGGAUGCUCAGAGUAGAGCUGCUGUUCCUUCAUGCUCACCAGGACCAGUUUAGGUUGUUCAGACCCAGAACACACUGGAGGGACUGUGUAUCCCAUCAGGCUCUGCAGUGCUUCAGCGUCCCCUGGAAAGAGCCGGAAAGACAUCUGGUCUGGUCUUACCCCGGUUCACGUGCAGAAAGUCUUUUGUCUCUGAAGAGCAUGAAGGGUCCAGGUGUAAGCUACAGACUCAGCUCUGAUUGGACGGUUUGACUGGAGCAGGAAGCUCAUUUUCAUUGUCUUUCUAUCGUUUUUCUUCUUCGCGUCCUUUUGGCUUGUUGCAUCGUAGAGGUGCAGCUGUCAAUCAGCUUUUCCUCCAUCUUGUUUGUAGUUCUUUGAUGUAGUCGAGUAGAGCAGAAAACAAGAAGCUGAUUGGUCACAUCAGAGGACAUUUCCAUAAUUUUGAACCUUUCUCAGCGUCCCCACUUCGUGCUGCUGGAUGACGCUUGAGUCUGUGUGGUACCGUGUAGACCGUCUGCACCGCCUGGCAUCCAUCCAUCCAUCUAAUGAAGUCUCGGUCCAAUCAGCUGCGACGAGGGGUUCAAGCUGCGGUGGAAACGUCCUCGACUCCCGUCGUCCAUCAGCAACACCUUCAUGUUUUGACUCGUCCUGAUUCAGCCGGGGUUUGACCGUCCUCACAGCUCUUUCUGAUUCUGAGUCCACGAGUACCUUUGAAAUUAUUGUCAGACUUUCUUCUGAAGGAGCUCUGUGGUUUAACGUGACGAUCACAUCCGUCCUUCGGCCUCUUUUCCUCAUCCUCCUCAGACGAACGUGGACGUGCUGUUUGACCCCCGCCGGGUCCUAUUUACUCCCUCAAAUAUCCAGUUACACUUGUGUAUUUCGGGUGUAUUUGUCGCACUGUGCAAUGUAAAGCAGCAUAGGAUGAAUUUGUCUAAAAGUCAUGGCCGCUUUCAGCUCUUAGUCUGUGUCCAAACCUUGUAAAUAAAUGUACGAGUUCACAUCGAGAAGCCAUACUGUAGCUGGGCUGAAGGCCUAGCUCGCGCUCGCUGCGUUUAAGGACACUUCGGUUUAGAUGUUUUGGAGUGAAAGCAGCUGUUGAGCCUCCUCAGGGGGGUCGAAUCCUCCGGUUUAUUUAUUCUGUUCAUCGUCGUCUCCUGAUCGACGACAGCGGCUGAAUUUAGUUUCUGUGAAAGUUUUUGUUUCUUUCGGCUUCGCUGCGGUGUGAAUGUCCGCCGCCGGCUCGCCGAUCGAUAGCUGUACAUACUGUCCACUUCCUGUAGUGAAACACGAACCUGUUUUGAAGGCUUAGAGGCAAAAAUAAAAACAUUUUGAAA